AACUACUCUUCGCUGAUCUUUUUCAUAAAGCUAUUGAAAGCCUCUAUAUAAAGAUUUAAACUAUAUUUCACGAGUGAGAGGCUGUCUUCCUUUCCGUGAGAAGUGGCGGGGAGCUCUUGGGAUUUUCACCAUUUUAGGGGAUUUUCUCCAUUAAAAAAAAGCAAGGCAUCAGGUUUGCUUAAGGAAGAAAGAUUUGGUUUUUUACUUUGGUUCUUUCACUUCUGCAUCUUAUGGCUUCUUACGUGCUCAAUGGGAAACCCCCAAUGGGAUUGGGUUUUGUUGGUUCUUCGAUUCAUGGCAAAUCCAGUCUAAAAUUAGGGUUUGUUUCCUUUGAUGGAAGGAGAAGGAUAAACAUUUCUUCACCCAGAUGCAGCAUCUCCUCUUCUCGACCCGCUUCCCAACCUAGGUUUAUACAGCACAAAAAAGAGGCGUUUUGGUUCUAUAGGUUUCUGUCCAUUGUCUACGAUCAUGUCAUAAACCCUGGGCAUUGGACUGAAGACAUGAGGGAUGAGGCCCUUGAACCUGCAGAUCUUUAUGAUGCUAGGAUGAAGGUUGUAGACGUAGGAGGAGGAACUGGAUUUACUACACUGGGAAUUAUUAAGCAUAUAAAUCCCGAGAAUGUUACUAUUCUAGACCAGUCACCGCACCAGCUUGCUAAGGCAAGGCAAAAGGAAGCUUUGAAAGAGUGCACGAUCAUUGAAGGUGACGCAGAGGAAUUGCCAUUCCCCACGGAUUCUGUUGAUCGAUAUAUCUCUGCUGGAAGCAUUGAGUACUGGCCAGAUCCACAGCGUGGAAUUGUAGAGGCAUACCGUGUUCUUAGACUUGGAGGAAUAGCCUGCAUAAUUGGCCCUGUAUACCCAACCUUUUGGCUUUCUCGCUUCUUUGCUGACUUGUGGAUGCUCUUCCCAAAGGAAGAAGAAUAUAUCGAAUGGUUUAAGAAAGCUGGAUUUAAAGACGUGAAGCUGAAAAGAAUAGGUCCAAAAUGGUAUCGCGGCGUAAGACGCCAUGGACUCAUUAUGGGAUGCUCGGUGACCGGAGUUAAAAGAGAAUCUGGGGAAUCUCCUCUGAAGCUUGGACCGAAGGCUGAGGCUGUUGAGAAGUCUGUGAAUCCCUUUGCCUUUCUCUUACGUUUCAUUUUGGGCACCGUUGCGGCUACCUACUACGUCUUGGUGCCUGUUUACAUGUGGAUUAAAGAUCAGAUAGUACCGAAGGGAAAGCCAAUUUGAAGAAGAAGAAGAAGAUGAAGAUGAAGAAGAAGAUGAUGGUGAAUGAGAGAGAGGCGGGAGGAGAAUUUCCAGUAGGAGAACUAUAUUUAAUGGUGUAAACUAUUGUGUUAAGCUAGAACAGUUGGUUCUACUUGUCCUGGAGGUGUUGUUAGUUGCCAUUUGUAUUCCUAGUCUUUGGCACUCGAGAAUUUGACUUCAUUUAAUUUAAUAAUUUUUGAUGUAGCAACUAUGAAGUUACAUAUUUUUUA